UUUGCUCGGCCCCUCAAAAAACUGACCAAUCCCCGGUCCCAGGAGUCUUGGUUGUGUUUACUACCGACCGAAGCCGUGAACGGCUGUGGCCAAUCACCGUCUGCCUUACAACACGCAAAGCUGUUAUCAAACGCCUUGUAAGGCGGGCUUUAGCGCUCACCAGCCCCGGGUUUGGGCUGAGGCAAAGCGACCGCAGGGAGCAGCCAAUUAAAGUCCGUGUGGCGGUGGAGGCGCCGGGUGUUCCGCCUCGUUCCUCCAAUCCAAGUCACGACUGCCUGGAGCCCCAGCGGACCGGCGCCCCGCCCUCCAAGUGACCCGGGGGACUUCUUUAAGUCGCCCGCUUGGUGGUGGUUCUUCAUACUCUAGAGGUGGUCAGUUCAAAUCGUCAGGUGGGGUCAAGCAAGAUGAUCUUGCAAUCAGAGGAAGAGCUAUGACCACUAAAUGUAGGCGAGAUGACAGCGGAGGUGUCGCCCAGCGCGAGGUGGCUGUACUGUGGGGAGCCCAACGAGAACCAGAGAGCUGUGCUGGUCCAGUUCUCCAAUGGGAAGCUGCAGAACCCAGGCAACAUGCGCUUCACCUUGUAUCAGAGCAAGGACUCCACCAACCCCAGGAAGAGAGGUCAGCGGAUCCUGGCCGCUGAGACAGAGAGACUUUCCUAUGUGGGAAACAACUUUGGGGCUGGUGCCCUCAAAUGCAACACACUGUGCAGGCACUUUGUGGGCAUUUUGAACAAGACCUCUGGCCAGAUGGAAGUGUAUGAUGCUGAGCUGUUCAACAUGCAGCCCCUAUUUGCAGAUGAUUCCAUUGAGAGUGGACACACGGCAGAGAAUCAGAACAAAACUUUCAGAGAAAAGAUGGACUCUUGCAUCGAAGCCUUUGGCACCACCAAACAGAAGCGGGCGCUGAACUCCAGGAGGGUGAACCGAGUCGGCAGCGACUCUCUGAACCGCGCAGUAGCUAAAGCUGCAGAGAGUAUCAUUGACAAGAAGGGUGUGGAUGCCCUCGUCGGUGACGCCAUCCAGGAUGAGUCGCAGGAUGACUCCGUCUACCUCCCUCCCUGCCAUGCAGAUGCAGCCAAGCCUGAGGAUGUGUAUAAAUUUGAAGAUCUUCUCUCUCCUGCGGAGUACGAAGCUCUUCAGGGCCCUUCUGAAGCCUUCAGGAGCGUCACAGCAGAAGAUAUCCUAAAAAUGGCCGAGGAGAACAGGCACUGCUGCUUUGUCCUGGAAGCCUUAAAGUCUCUGCCAUUGGAUAAGGAGAGACGAGACCGCCAGGCUCGAUGCAUAUGGUUCCUGGACGCCCUCAUCAGAUUCCGAGCUCAUAAAGUGAUUAAGCGGAAAAGUGUUCUGGGACCUGGAGUCCCCCACAUCAUCAGCACCAAACUGCUGAAGCAGUUCUCCUGCCUGACCUACAACGACGGCAGUUUACGGAAUGUAAUUUCGAAUUCUAUGAAGGCCAAGAUCACUGCAUACGUGAUCAUUCUUGCCUUGCACAUAAACGACUUCCAGAUUGAUCUGACCAUGCUGCAGAGGGACCUGAAACUCAGUGAGAAGAGGAUCAUGGAGAUAGCCAAAGCCAUGAGACUGAAGAUCUCCAAGAAAAAGGUGUGUCUGGCACCCGGCCAGGAGGAGGAGCGCAGAGUGGGCACUCUGUGCAUCCCGCUGCCUGCAGCCCAGACCGCAGACCACCAGGCCAAGCGCAGGAGAAUGACCUAGAGGCCAGCACACUGGAAUCACUGCUGCAGUGCAGAUUCUGCUUUUGCUUUUUUAAAAGAAACGACAGAAGUCUUGCUUUGGCAGGAGUAAGAAGCCAUCCUCCCAGUUGUGUCUUUUGUAGAACCUUAUUAAAGCCGUGAUGGCUGGGAUGUCCCCCUCUGUUGGUGUCGGUGA